AUGCCAGGCAAACGUGGUGGAGGCAAGCAACCAACCUUCAAUCAAAGAGAUGGCAUCCAGUUCACAAAGCAAGACGAGCCAGACUUUAUCAAGAAGAUUCGCGCAAAACUCGGCUAUCGUGAAGCGCAGAUUGAGGACAAGUUUGAAGAUCCAGACGCCGGCCCGAGCAACGAGGACGACGACGCGAACGAGUUUGGUGACAACGGACCCCAGGUUGUCGUCCUCGAUCCAGCCAACGAUAUUUCACGAGAAGAACUGGACAAGGAAUUGGCUGAGCGAAAAAAGGAACAGGAUGAUAAAUUGAUAGCGGAGGGAAAGAUCGUUUUCCGCAAACCAGCGCCCAAACGGAAGCCUGACGAACCCGAGCCCGAGAAAGAGGCUACCAAGAAAAAGCGGACAUAUGAUGACCAAGAGCCGGCACCCGUCAACAAAUCUCUACUCUCCUUCGGCGCCGAUGAAGACGACGACGAA